AUGGCUUCUUCUGAUCAAACACUUGUUUGUGUGAAACAAGUGAAGCAGGAAGUAACUAAUGAAUGGGAUGAGACCAUGCCAUUACCUGGAGACAUCAUUGAAGGAUUCUCUAUACAUGAUGUCGACGAUGUUGAUGAGUCCUUUUUGCCAGUCAAGACAAGUUCAGAGUUUAGUUCUCAGCUUGGUAAGAUCAAUCCGAGUGUGGAUUCCAUAUGGAUAAAGGUUAGAAGAGGUGAUAGUUUACUGAAACUGCAGACAUGUGUUGUGCAACAGAAAGGUUAUGUUCUUAGAAGGAAGUAUACUGUCCAAGCCACAACAGAUCAUAGACAUAUUGUAGAUUUAGCAGAUCUAACAUUAAAGCAAUGCAUUGAACUGCAAGUAAUGACAAGGAGAGUAGACAUGCAAGACAAAGGAUUCCACAAAGAUGCAAUAAAGUAUGAUUGGAAGAUGAAAGUAGGCACUUAUUUGCCUCACCAAAGCUCUUCAGUUGUAAGCUCCAUUCUAUUCAUGCCACUAAUUAGUGAAAACUGCAUCAAUACCACCACAGCUAGGUGCAUGGCCUGGUUUAGUGCAGCAAUUUCCUCAGGAGUCCCUCUUGUUUUUGUCAAUAUUCAAACUGAACUCAUUCCACCUACAAUAGAAAAUACUAAUCUCUCUAGCAACCAACAAAUCCAUUGCACUGCUCAAAUAAUUCAUGGUAUAAGAUUAUGGUUUCUACCUGGACUAGAAGAAAUUCCGAUAGAAUUGAUUCCUCAACGUAAUGAAGCACGCUUUGGAAUGGAAAUUAAACGAACUGAAGAGGGCUUUGUGUGCAUCUAUUCAGUGAUGAAGGACACAUCAGCGGAUCGCGGUGGGUUAAGAGAGCUUCAUGAAGAGGCAACUGCAAACGGUUUCCUUCUCGUGAUUUCACGGUUGGAUGACAAGAACACAAUACCAACAAGUGUUUGUUCUGAUGGUCUUAUACAUUGUUGUGACCAUGCUGAAAUUAAGAACCUUCUUAUUUCUGCAUUAGGCCAAUAUGAGACGAUUCAGCUUCAUGUCAUGGCUUGGCCAAACCAAACUCGUUCUUCUCAAAAUCAUGUUGUUGGCUUUUCAGCACUUCUACCACCAGAAAGUUCAUUUCCCAUUCAUCAGUAUGAUUAA